AUGACAGUCUUGGACGAUGGUCUCACUCAGACAGAACGUCGGCAGCUUCCUGUGCCUGUAACUGAUAUGCCACCCUUAUUCGAUGAACCAACUACUUUAAAGAAUUGGUACAAACACAUCAACUGGGUGCACGUUAUUUUGUUAUCCAGCACUCCUGCACUUGGUAUCUACGGUAUUUUUACGACAAAACUCCAAACAGCAACUUUUGCCUGGUCGUGGAUCUACUAUUCCUUGUGCUGUCUUGGUAUAACUGCAGGUUACCAUCGUCUUUGGUCUCAUAAAUCAUACACCGCAAAACUUCCGAUAAAAAUAUUACUCUGCUUGAUGGGUAGUGGUGCUGUCGAAGGAUCUAUUCAUUGGUGGUCAAGAGGUCAUCGUGCUCACCACAGAUGGACUGAUUCUGAUAAGGAUCCUUAUGCUGCUACAAGAGGAUUUUUCUUUUCUCAUCUGGGAUGGAUGUUGGUCAAUCGCCCUAAUAGCCGAAUUGGCUUCGCAGAUACCGCAGAUCUGAAGCAAGACUCCAUCGUCCAGUUCCAGCACAAACACUAUCCUUACAUUGCUCUUCUUAUGGGCUUCAUAUUCCCUACUCUGGUUGCUGGCCUCGGAUGGGGCGAUUUUCGUGGUGGAUUCUUCUUUGCUGCCGUCACUCGUCUUGUGCUUGUUCAUCACGCUACGUUUUGUGUAAAUAGUUUGGCCCACUACAUUGGCGAUGUUCCUUAUGACGACUUCCAUACACCAAAGAAUUCGUGGAUCACUGCACUUGUGACGAUGGGCGAAGGGUACCACAACUUCCAUCACCAGUUUCCUCAAGACUAUCGUAAUGCCAUACUGUUCUACCAAUAUGAUCCUACAAAAUGGGCUAUUGUGGCUCUCUGGUUCUUUGGCUUGGUGACCGAUCUUAAGUCAUUCCCUGCUAAUGAAAUUGAAAAAGGAAGGCUUCAGAUGAUCGAAAAGAAGACUGCCGAAGCAAAGGCUAAACUAUCUUUUGGAACACCUUUAGAAGACUUACAUGUGUACACCAUGUCAGAAUACAAAGAUUAUGUCAACAAGGAAAACAAAGAUUGGAUACUUCUGGAUGGUAUUGUGUACGAUAUUGAGAACUUUGAUCAUCCAGGAGGACGCAAAUAUCUUCAAGCUAGUGUUGGAAAAGACAUGACGGUAUCCUUCAACGGUGGAAUUUACAACCAUUCAAAUGGUGCCCGAAAUCUCUUGUCACGGAUGCGAGUCGGUGUUAUCAAAGAACAAAUGCACCUCUUGUUGGCCAAUACAAGCCCAUCUCAGGCGUAUGACGCUUCUCUUGAACCCAAUAAGAGAGAGUAA